AUGGCAGAAAAUGAGUCAAAAGAAGAAAUGCAGAGUCCACAACAUGAACCACUAAAGCAGAGGCAUAAUGAGAAGAAAGAUAAAUGUGAGACAGAAAGCCUGCUCAAAGCCGAGGAAGGCCAUACAUUGGAGAUGACAGAAAAAAAGGCAAAAGAAGAGACAAAGAGUCAACAACACCAUCCCCAAAAACAAAGGGAUGAUGAGAAGAAAAAUAACACAGAUGGCAAGCUCAAACCCAAGGAAGGCCGUGCAUUGAAGAUGACAGAAAAAAAGGCAAAAGAAGAGACAAAGAGUCAACAACAUCAUCCUCCAAAACAAAGGCAUAUUGAGAAGAAAAAUAGCACAGAUGGCAAGCUCAAAACCAAGGAGAGGUAAU